AUGAAUAGAGUAAGUAAUACGCCAGUAACGAGACGUCGUCGAAAAAAAGUUUUAAAACAAGCCAAAGGUUAUUUUGGUUCUAAACAUAAACUAUUCAAAACUGCCAAGGAGCAGGUAAUGCGUUCUUUAAGUUAUGCUUAUGCUGACAAAUAUGGCAUUCGGUAUUCUCAAUUUAUCCGUUUAUUAACUUUGGCACAAGUUAAAAUAAAUCGCAAACAAUUAUCGGAAAUGGCAAUUCAUCAACCUCAACACUUUGAUAUCUUGGUUAAUAAGGUUCAAAAUCCGUGA